GUGGUUCUUAUCUUUUGUUGCAGGUUAAAACUUAAGCAAGGAAUUGAAGAAAACUAUACAGGAUCACCAGUUUCUUUUAGAGAAUCAGCUGAACAGUAUUCUGCUCAGAUGGAUUCUUCAGAGUCUGACUAUUCUGAAAAUUUUGGCAAAGUUCAUGGAAUUUUAAUGUAUAAAGACUUUCUCAAAUAUUGGGAUGAUGUAGAAACAUUCCAGGCAAGAGAAGAUGAUGUUCUGAUUGUAACCUAUCCCAGAUCAGGUACAACUUGGGUUAGUGAAAUUGUAGACAUGAUCUACAAAGAAGGUGAUGAUAAAAAGUGCAGAGAAGAUGCCAUUUUUAAUAGAAUACCUUUCCUGGAGUGCAGAAAAGAAGAUGCCCUAAAUGGAGUUAAGCAAUUAAAACUGAUGGCAUCUCCAAGACUUGUGAAGACUCAUUUGCCACCAGAACUUCUUCCAGUCUCAUUUUGGGAAAAGAAUUGUAAGAUUAUAUAUGUGUGCCGGAAUGCAAAAGAUGUGGCUGUUUCUUUUUAUUAUUUCUUUAAAAUGGUACCUGUUCACCCAGAUCCUGGAACUUUUUCAGAGUUUGUGGAGAAAUUUAUGAAUGGUCUGGUUCCAUAUGGCUCUUGGUAUAAACAUGCAAAAUCAUGGUGGGAGAAGAAAAAUAAUUCACGAAUGCUAUUUCUUUACUAUGAAGACCUUAAAGAGGAUAUCAGAAAGGAAGUAAUAAAAUUGAUACAAUUUCUGGGAAGAAAAUCUUCAAAGGAACUUGUAGACAAGAUUAUACAACAUACUUCAUUCCAGGAAAUGAAGAAUAAUCCAAGUACUAAUUACACAAUGCUCCCAGAUGAAAUGAUGAACCAAAAGAUAUGUUCCUUCAUACGUAAAGGGAUUUCAGGAGACUGGAAGAAUCACUUUACAGUAGCUCUGAAUGAAAAAUUUGAUGUACACUAUGAACAGGAAAUGAAGGGGUCCACACUGAAAUUGAGAACUGAAAUCUAAUAAUUAGGAUUCUUCUUAAG